GAUGAAAGAAGCCUAUAGAAGUACGGGCUGGCCUGCACUUGAACCGUCGGCGCAGAUCAAGGUCAAUAAACGGUCUCCUUCAACCGUGCGAAGUGAUAGCCGAGGAGUUGUCGACGGCGCGUGGACGAACGGACCCGAAUAAAUUGGACCGACCAUAGGGUACCUACCUCUCUACUUGGGACCAGGAAUAGGCCUGUUUGGCCUUGGAGGUGGGUGAGAGAGAGUGUGUGUGUGUUUGUGCCUUUACUCCAAAUUUGUUCAUAUUGGUACGCUUUCUUCUCCGCAUCCCACUGGUCGCAGUGCAUUGUAUGUGUCGUUGAAUGAGGGACAUUCCCUGUCGCUCUCUAUGAGCGUCCUUCUUCACGGCCCUCGAUCGGCAUUGUGGUUCGCGGCCAAACGGAAGUGCGCGGUGACGGCUGGAAUACAAAGGGGGCUGCUUCCCCUGAAUAUAUACCAGCAACGAGUACCGAUUUCUUCAAUAGUCCUGGGCGUUGAAAAGAGCACGUACACUUUGAAGAAAUCACUUUACAGUACAACAGCAACCACAAGAUCCACUAUGGACAACCAGGACAACCAGGACAACCAUCCCCAAGACGAUUUGCACGCCCACUCCUUGUCUGACCCAGACUCUUUCUGGGGAAAACAAGCCGAACAGUUGUACUGGCACAAGAAACCCUCUGCGAUUCUGACCAAGACUUCAAAGAAAGUCCCAGAUGGAGACUCCGAGGUGUCGCACCCGCACUGGGAAUGGUUCCCAGGUGGUGAGAUUUCGACAUGCUACAACUGUCUAGACCGUCAUGUCGAAAAGGGCAAUGGUGAUGCCCCAGCAAUCUUUUACGACAGUCCCGUGACCGGAACCAAACAGCGUUUCAGCUAUAAGGAGCUGCUUGAGGAGGUCGCCAUGUUCGCUGCCGUUUUGAGACAGGAGGGUGUAAGAAAAGGGGAUGUUGUUUUGGUUUAUAUGCCCAUGAUACCUGCGGCUCUCAUCGGUAUACUAGCCAUAAAUCGCCUCGGCGCCAUCCACUCCGUCGUCUUUGGUGGCUUUGCUUCUGGAGCCCUGGCUCAACGAAUCGAUGCCUCACGUCCCGUUGCCGUCCUGACGGCAUCGUGCGGCAUUGAAGCGGGUAAGGGCCCCAUAGCGUAUCGUAAUCUGGUCAAAGAAGCCGUCGCGAACUUCAAGUGGAAGCCUCCAAAGACAAUUGUGUGGCAGCGCGAGCAGCUGCGAUGGGAACCGAUGAGGCGAGAGGACGGCGAGCGCAUAUGGCACAAGCUCGUCUCUUCGGCCAAGGCGAGAAAGUUACCUCCUGCCGAGUGUGUCCCUGUGGGUAGCAACGAUCCAAUCUACAUCAUAUACACCAGUGGAACGACGGGCUUGCCGAAAGGAGUUGUUAGGGAAUCAGGGGGGCACGCCGUCGGUCUACACUUGUCCAUCAACUCCAAGUUUGGCAUUCAUGGGCCUGGGGAUGUUAUGGCAUGCUUCAGCGACAUCGGCUGGGUGGUGUCUCAUUCCUACACACUUUAUGGUCCGCUUAUCACCGGUGCCGCCACGGUGCUCUACGAAGGAAAGCCCGUAGGAACCCCUGAUGCGGGGGCGUUCUGGCGCAUCGUCGAGGAGUACAAAGUCAACAGCCUCUUUACGGCGCCGACUGCACUAAGGGCAAUCCGAAAGGCUGACCCCGACAACAAGUUUGUCGAAAAAUACGGCCGGCGUGGAGGCUUGAAGAGCCUACGAGCCCUCUUCCUGGCUGGCGAAAGGUCAGAGCCCGCGAUCGUGGAAGCGUAUCAAGAGGUUCUAGACAAGUAUGCUGCGCCCAACGCCCACGUCAUAGACAACUGGUGGUCUACCGAGUCCGGCUCGCCCAUCUCGGGCAUUGCUCUGGUCCCGCAGCAUGCCAAGGACGGCAAGACUUGCGUCAGAACCCAGAAGACUCGGCCCCUGAGUUCCAAACCCGGCAGCGCAGGCAAGCCAAUGCCUGGGUUCGACGUGAGGGUUGUGAAUGACGAGGGUGAAGAGCUUCCUAGAGGGAAGAUGGGCAACAUUGUCAUGGCAGCACCCCUUGCACCAACAGCCUUCCGCACACUUUGGGACGAUGAGCCUAGGUUCUUCCGGGGUUACUUUAAGCGCUUCAAUGGGCUUUGGGUCGACACGGGCGAUACUGGUGUCGUUGAUGAGGAUGGUUACGUGCACAUCAUGAGCAGAUCAGACGACAUUAUCAAUGUUGCAGCCCACCGACUAUCUACUGGCACCUUGGAGGAAGCAAUUACCAGCCAUCCCCUGGUGACCGAAGCCUGCGUCGUCGGCAUUCCCGAUCCACUCAAGGGGCAGAUGCCAUUCGCGCUGGUGACGACAACUCCAAGCAACGAAGACGUGACUGACGAGCAGCUGCUCUCGGAAAUCCAGCAGCUCAUCCGCAAGCAGGUCGGCGCCAUCGCGGCGCUCCGCGGCAUCAUCCGCGGUCAGGGCAUGAUCCCCAAGACGAGGUCUGGAAAGACACUCCGUCGCGUCAUCAGGGAGCUGUUUGAAAACGCCAGCGCAGGAGAGCCGGACAAGGAGGUCACCAUACCAUCUACGGUUGAGGAUGCGGCGGUCGUCGAGGUUGCAAGGACCAAGAUCAAGGAGUACUUUGAGCGACAGGGCAAGACCGGUGGGGAUCGUGCUCCCAAGGCCAAGCUAUGAACAGAAGCUUGUCAUUUUUUUGAGAUGUUGUCUCGCUAUUCUGUCUAUACUAGCUCAACUGCCACCCACGUGGGAAUAUUUUCAAGGACCCCUGCAAAUCUGAGAUACUAUAAAACAAAAGGUAGCAAAGAAGAGUUUUACGUCCAUGA